CACCGUUCCUUAUAUGCCAAAGAGGCCAAAUCCACCCGUCUCUACCCUGGGCAGUCGAAUCCACGCGAUCCGACGGAGCUGCACGUACAUACUGAAUCGCCGCCGCGUCGCAUGGCCAACCACGGCGACCUCUCCCCGCCGGCUGACGAACGCUCCGAGCAGCAGCCGAUUCCAGUCAUCUACACGUCACGGUACGGCAGAACACCAGAGGGCACUCCAAUUUCCUAUCAACUCUACUACAAACCACUUGCUCCAAGUGCUACUCGGAGACUCGUUUACGAAGAUGGAGCGACAAAGGUGCUACGCUUGAUCAAUAUGAUUUCACCCGAUCAGCUCGAAGAUGAUGAGUAUUAUCGGAAGUUUUGCCUGAGGGUGACCGAAGAAGGGCAGAGAUAUGGUGGCAAACUGGUGAGAACCGUGGUCCCACGGCCUGACCCCAGCGGCGCUCCGGUCGCCGGAGUUGGCAAGGUGUUUCUGGAAUAUGCAGAUCUCGACAGCUCAACAUAUUCCAAGGCGAUGUUGCAUUGGAUGUGGUUUCGCGGGAAGCAUGUGAUGGCCCUGUUCUACCCUGAGGACAAGUUUGCUAAUGGGGACUACGACGGAUAGAACAGAAAUCUGCUCCCUGUGCAUACUCAUUGUUAUCAGUGCAGAGUGUGGCUUUUUCAAAUAAUUAUGUAGGAGACGUUUUCAUUCUUGUGCAUUUGUUUAAAAAAAGUGCACACAGGUCAUUUCUUUAGACCCCACAAAAGGAAA